AUGUUGCUAAGUCCCGAAUCCACCACCACGCUGACAUCGAAUACAUCUCUCAUCAUUUGUCAAAGGCCAAAGGCCUUCGAGUGUCUUUUCGGCUCAGUGUCUUGUCUUCCUGGAUGUUUCUCGCCGUACCUCAGAGGCUCAGACAAGGGCCGGCCUAUCAUCAUCUCGAACCGCAUCAUUGAUCUUGGUGAAGAUCAUUUCCUCACGACGCUCCUCCUGAAGCACUUCCCCACGUUCAAGACCAAGUUCAUUCUGGAUGCGAUCGCUCAUACCAUGGCUCUUGAAUCUUGGCAUGUUCUGUUUUCACAGCGGAGACGGUGGAGCAAUUCGACGAUCCUCAACGUGUGCGAGCUCGCGAUUUUGCCUGAACUUUGCGGCUUUUGCUGUUUCUCGAUGAGUUUCUUCAUUUUCGGCGUUAUUGUGUAUUGGGACUUGACCUUGGUAGAUGGUCCACCUCCUCUCAUACCCGGUGUGCAGUUUCUUCCUACCCAUUUACUCUUUCUGGUGCAUGGACAAUUUCUCCUGGGGAACACGCGUAUUGUCAGUGGUGGCGGCGGUAACAAGAAUGUUGUCAUGACCGAGGAUGAGCGAACAACUCGAAUCGCAAUAUCCGUGCGCUGGCCCCUCACACAGCGUUCUGCAGAUGUCAUUUAUGUCGUUCAGCAGUGGAGCAGGUUCAGUGCAUGGCUCAGACUAUGGACAUGUGGCUAUGGCUCUGCCCCUGGGUACCAGCACUCUGGCAGUGCAUACGGUGGGAUGCCUCAGGAUUCACGUACCAUGAUGAUGAACAUGCCCAUGAUGACGGGAGGCUCUCAGACAGGUAGAUUUGGCAUGCUACCCACGAUGAGGAGAUGCACAGCCCUUGUCGAUGUUCUCGAUGGCGGUCCCACGCAAGAUUUAAUGACAGUCACGAAAAAGACCGCUCGUGAGGCGAUCAUGGCCAAGUUUCCCAAAGCCGAUCUUACAUCCCGCAAAGACUUUUCGAACGAGUCGAUCAACAAGAUUCUGUCACAGUCGUAG